AUGUCUGCUCCAAAAGAGUUUCCGCCUGAGAAGGUGAGAAUUGUAGUGGCUGAGGUUAUGACAUUGUUGAAAGAAAAGGGAGAGAGCGUUUGUGUAGCGGAGACGGUUCGUACCGUUCUUUAUCUAUUUGACAAAGGGGUUACUGGGUGGUCGAAAAAGAUUGCUAACAGGCGCUUGUGCGUGCAGGCUGCCGGUGGAAUUAUAUCUGCAAGUAUGUUGAGUACAUCAGGAGCUAGCAAGUUCUACAAAGGAGGAUUAACACUUUACACUCUUGAAUCACGCAUUGCCUUUGCCGGCUGGACACAAGACAACAUAUCCACCUAUCGCGGACCUACCACUGACAUCGUGGCCGGAUUGGCCUCAAAUGUCCGUCCUAAACUAGGUGCCACCUAUUGCAUCUGUGAAUCCGGGACCGCAGGUCCUACCGGCGGCGAUACCCCUAACAGAACUCCGGGAUAUGUUGCUUUAGCUGUUGCGACGGAAAAGGGAGUAUAUAAGAAGGAGCUUAGUACAGGUCUUGGAGGCGAUAGAGAGGGAAAUAUGAUCGCUUUCGCAGCCGAGGCGUUAGGGCUUUUGCGGGACGUUUUGAAAGGGGAUGCAAAGUUGUAA